UGAGAGUAACAAUAUUGUCCUCAUUUUAGAUUUAAAAAAAGAAAAAAAAAGAAACAGAACAUUCAGAAGAAAAUGAAGUCACCAGAUAAGAAAGAAAAAAAAAAGAGCUGACAGUUUGUUGGUGAUAGUGACAGUGGCAGUAUAGAAGUAAGUUGGAGGAGAAAAGUGGCUCACUUGACAAUUGUCAUCAGGGAGACUGAAGCUUAAAUGUAUUCUAGCCUCUCCUUUGUUAACAACCAUCACAAAACACAAUCACCCUCACAAAUUCAGAAAUAUAUUUUUUUUUAAGUCAGUUAGAUUUUUACUGGUAACAGGAUGAAGUUACCAAUUUUUAUUCUUGUAAUUCUUGUUCAUGCAUUGUUGCUGGAUGAAAUAGAAGCCAGAAAACAGUGUGCACAUUUGAGAGGAAGGGAAAAAGCAAAAUGCUUGAAAGAGGCCCGCAACUCCAAUAAGAAAAGAUGUGCAGAUUUGAGAGGAAGAGAAAGAGCAGAAUGUAUGAAAAGGGGUCCUGCUCCAAAUACCAACACAUUGUCUACACCUGAACCUGACAUUGAAGAAAAAAAUGUAACCUUAGCAAGGGCUGCCUUUUAUGAACCUCUUGGCCACAGCCACAUCAAAUUGUCUUUUGACAAGUAUUUGUUGAAGUACAUUUGUUGA